CGUCAGUAGCAGCCCGGACACGAGCCAGAGAGACAGAAGACGCCAAAGCCGCGGAACAAUGCAGAGUCAAGCAACCACUUUGAACUGGGGCAUAGCAGCCGCUGGUAGGAUUACCCAGGACUUUGUCACGGCUCUCGGCACCAUUGAGAAGUCCCGUCAUGUGGUGGUGGCUGUGGCCGAUGUAGAUGGCCCGAGGGCGCAGGAGUUUGCCCAAAGAAAUCAAAUACCACGACACUAUAAUGGUUUCGAUGACUUGGCUUUGGAUCGAGAGGUGGAUGUGGUGUAUGUGGGCACGCUGAAUCCCUUUCACUAUGCUGUCGUGCAUCUGCUUGUGUCCAGGGGCAAGCAUGUGCUCUGCGAGACACCCAUGUGUCUGGGUGUGGAUCAGGCCAAGGAGCUGUAUGCGUUGGCAGAGCAGCGUGGCGUUUUCCUGAUGGAAGGCAUGUGGUCACGCUUCUUUCCCAGCUACGAACGUCUCCGGGAACUGCUACAGAGCGAUGCCAUUGGCGAGGUGACCCUCGUGAAGGUGCAGCAUGGCUUUCGCUUGGCGCAUGUCGAACGUGUCAGCAAUCGAGAGCUAGGUGGUUCCAUUAUCCUAGAUCUGGGCGUUUAUGCUUUGCAACUAGGACAAUUUGUGUUUGGUAGCUCGCCCGUCAAGAUCCUUCCAAGUGGCACGCAGCUGAAUAAAGAUCGCGUGGAUGUUCAAACCGAAUUCAUACUCGACUAUGGCGAUGGGCGUCGAUUGGUGGCUUUGGUCACUGGCCUGGAGAAUCUGGAGAACGAUGCUGUUAUUGUGGGCACCAAAGGCGAGAUUAAGCUCUCCAACUAUUGGUGCUGCACACAGCUGGCCCGCUCCAAUGGUCCACCCGAAUUGUGGCCUUUGCCCAAAGCUAAAUUUGAUUUUCAUUAUACAAACACCUGUGGGCUGCGCUACGAGGCGGAGGAGGUGCGUCGCUGCAUCGAAAAGCGGCUGCUGGAGAGUCCAAAGUUUCCACAUGCCGCCAGUCUGGAGAUUAUAGCCAUUAGCGAGCAGAUGAGGCGACAAAUUGGUGUUACUUUUGAUGAGUUUUAGGUGUAGGAAUAUAUAGAACAUCUUGGGUGUACUUAUGGAUAAGUAUUUUCACUCAAUUAAACUUUAGCAAAAUAUUCAUUGGAAUUUGAGUGGACUUUACAAUGAAUUUGUUAGAGUCCCGUCCCCCAAAGUUUAGUCUAUUAAAAUCUGAUACAAAAUCUAUUGAAAAUCUUUUUAAAUUUUGUGAAAAUUAAAUUCAAAACAAAAUUUACAUUAUCGCAAUUAAAAUCGAAUAGAACUUGCCUUAAUUUUCCAGCUUAAGCUAAUAGCAAAUAAAAUUAAGAACAAGUUUUUUUUAAUACAAAUCCUGCAUCAAAGAAUCUAAAUUUGUGGCAAUAUUUCUUGCAAUCUAAUUCUAUUUUAUAUCAAAAGAAUUUUUCCUGAGAUUUGACAAUAGGAGGGGCUGCAUGCCACAGAGCCUGUAAGAAUAAAGAAAACAUUUAAAUAAGUAUAUGGAGUUUAAAAUAGGAAAUUUCAAAUAAUUUUAGAGAUUUCAGAUUAGUGGAUCAACUUGCAGGAGACACAACAAAGAUGUUCUAUGCAGGGAUUUCUCCUAAUGCCGUGGAGAUAGAAACUUAAAUUAUCUUCGUCUUAUUGUCAGUGCCCCAGAAUUUAAUCAUUAAAUACACUUUCACA